CGGGCGGCCCCUGUAUGGACACAGCGGAGCCUCGGCGGGUCUUCCUCCUCCUGCCGCCGCCGCCGAGGGUGGGGGCGUCGCUCGAGCCCGCCCCGGGCCCCCGCCGCUGCCGCCCCCUCGGGGAGCUCGCCGGGCCGCUGCGGUGGUGACGGUUUCUCCAGUGCUGUCGCGUGUGGAAGGGGCGCCACGCCCUCCCCGGCCACCACGGCUUCGGCCUGCCUGUUCCAGCGCUUCUUUUGUCAGCAAGCCCGGCAGAGCCGUCCCUCGGCGCCCCCGGCAGAGGAGAUGGCGAAGAUGACAAAGGCCAAAGCUUUCCAGGCUUACCUGCCUCGCUGUCACCGAACUUACAGCUGCAUUCACUGCAGAGCCCAUCUAGCCAGCCAUGACGAGCUGAUCUCUAAGUCUUUUCAGGGAAGCCAGGGACGAGCCUACCUCUUUAAUUCUGUGGUAAAUGUGGGCUGUGGCCCAGCAGAGGAGAGGGUCCUUCUCACUGGCUUACACGCUGUAGCAGAUAUCUACUGUGAAAACUGUAAAACCACUCUGGGUUGGAAAUACGAACAUGCCUUUGAGAGCAGUCAGAAGUACAAGGAGGGAAAGUUCAUCAUCGAGUUAGCUCACAUGAUCAAGGACAAUGGUUGGGAGUGAGUGGAGGGCAGGCAUCAGGACCCUGCCGGCCUCGGCCUCGGCCAGGCAGACAAGCCCAGCUGGAAGGACCUCUGAUGGGCCCAGGCUUGCCAUAGAAAAAGGUGGCCCGACAGUUGUCACUUGGGGUUUCCAAUAGACUUGUUCAAACCUCUCUGGGGAUUCCCUUUCCUGGUCACUUCCUACUGUGACCUUGUGCUGUUCAAGCUUGUCCCUAAGACACCCCUGGCCUAGACUAGCAGAAAGUGGCUGAGAGUCUCUGGGAUGGGCACAGGGAUGGAUAGAGACUCCAAGCCCCCAGUGAAGGGCAGUGAAGGUGCCCAGGACGGCCACUGGCACCAGGCCCCAGAGAGGCCGCCAACCCUCAUCACCUCCUUCCAAAUGGAUGCCACCUACUCUUCAUUUUCUUUUUUUGUA